AAUCAAAAAGCAGAGAUAUAUAUAUGUCUAGUUGUCUAACCUUACAUCAUGGACCAUUGGGUGCUGCAUAUAUUUUCAAAUGAUUUUUCUCGUCCAAUCAUAAAUCAGGUCAGCCCCCACUGAGGCCACACUAUGUGAAUGAAUAGUUUUAUUUGUCUGCCUUAACCAUGUGACUGAAGGUCAAUAGUUAUUUUAUUUGCACAUUUAGCGGCUGUACAAAGUCAUAGAUAGUUGUGAUGUCCAAAGAAAUGCACCGGAUACCUCUUAUAUUAAAUAAACAGCUUUGAAACAAUUCACUUGCGGAAUUACUUUGUCGCCUUAUUUGCUAUGCUGCAUUCUCCACUGACAAACCCGUUCCCAAUUCCCUGUUCGUCAAGUGUCGUUUCGGAACCAAGUAAAUCUUAUCAAGCUGAUCUCAAUGUCUUACAAUCUGCUGUACCAUUCCUUACGAAACCAUUGUUAGCUAUCGCAGGCUUUGCGAAUCCUAAUAAUCUUUCUCAGUCUACACCAGUCACCUUCUCUAUUCAAACUACACCUGCACUUCAGAAUCAUCAAAAUACACUAAAUUUCGGCAAUGUAAAUAAUUCCAGUUUAUCAGGAUCCUCUUCACUAUCAUCAUCUCUCGUCUCUCUACAUUCUACCUCCAAUGGUUUUCCAACUACUCAACAUACCUCAGCAUCUCCUGUACCACUUCAUUCAAACCAUAUUUCAUCAGGUAGCAGAGAUUCUCGAUGGCUUAAGCUACGCGUGUGUACAUCAGUUUUGGGAACAUCGAAUUCUUCACAAACUAAUUCUAACCAAUCUGACAAUGAGUCAAAGACUGGUGAAACUAAAUGUUCCAUAAAAUCAGAAGAUUCUAAUGCAAGUGAUGCUAGUUCUUCAAAUUUAAUACAACAUGAGGAUGAAAAAAGUUUUCAUUGCACAAUUUCGGGAGAUACAUGUCAGUAUGCCCAUCCACCGGCAACUGUUCGGGUGGAUAAUGGUUAUGUGACAGUAUGCUAUGAUUUUAUCAAACGGAAGCUCUGCAAAUUUUCCUACUGUAAAUACUAUCAUCCACCUCCGCAUCAGACUGAAGCAAUUAUAAAACGUGGUGAUGAACAAAGAAAACUGUUAGAAAGUCAACAACGCUUAUCUGAAUUAAAGACAUCCAAUCUCAUUUCAAUGCAACAACCCUUGCAACAGACACUCCCCACCACCGGUUUGCCAGCUCUUAGUUCGGUAGCAGGUGGAGGCGGAGGAGGAGGAGGAGGCUGUCCUUCAGCGCUGAGAUGGCCGCCUUCAACAACACUGUUACAGCCUACUGCUGUAGGUGGUGGACCAGUUUAUGGGACAUAUUUAACACCUCUAAAUUCUCUAACAGAUCCAAAUUCAUUUAGUGCAUCAGCUAUAUUGGCAGCAGCCGCUGCUCUACAGCAUACUAAUCUUCCAGGUCAUGGUCUUCUGUCGACUUCUUCUCCUCUAUUGACUGGCGGUUCAACAUAUUCCCAUGAAUCAUCUAUGCUUUCUAAAUCGUGUAAAAAUGGUGAUACAUCUACAGUGUUCACAUCAGAGCCAAGUGUGCUAAGCUUUAAUGGUUGCAAUGCUGCUAUUACACGACUGGUGAAUUCUCUAUCAAAUCCACAAUCAUCUACUGAACUGUGUCAAUCUACUCAACAACAACAACAACAACCACAACCACCACCACAACAACAUCAACAGCUACAUACUGCGGCUAAUCUACCAACGAAUUGGCCGUUAGCUGCAUCUACCUCUGUUACAUCUAUUGAUAAUAAUAAUAACAAUAAUAAUAGUAAUAAUAAUAAUAACAGCAACAAUCUAUCAAGUAUUACAAUCAGAAGUGAAGCUGCAAAUGGUCUUCCCAGCAAUACUGACACACCGAUUGUUCGUGUGGGCAUGAAACGUGAGGCUAAUAUUGCUACUGGAACUUUUGAAAAUAGCAUGGAUAUGCAUGCAUGGUUACCAACAAAGAGAGCAAAUUUAUCUACCUCAUCUUCAGCUGACGGGAUAGCUCAGAAUAAAGAGUUAACUGCUUUAUGUAACGGUGAAGAGAAACUUGAUAAUACUUCUCAAACUCGUGAUUCAAAAAGUCAUUCUUCUGAGUGUGGAGCUACAUUUCCUACUAUUUUCUCUUGUGGAUCUAUUAAUCCUGGAUUUACUUCAAUAAAUUCAUGUACAGACAUUGGUGCACCUCAUGUUAGCGCUGAAGUGACAAAUAUCCUAAAUCCUUUGAAUAUGAGUAUUUAUGGUCUACCAUUAUCCUCACAGCCUACUGCUUCCAUGUACACACCAUCACAGUUUUUAUAUCCACCUUUAUACUCUAUGAAUGGUGGUUGUGAUGCAACCAUACCGAUAGCUUCAGCUGCUGCAGCCUUAGCGCUCAAUAACUUCCUAGUACAACAACAACAGCAACAGCAGCAGCAGCAACAACAACAAGUUCAAUCCCAUCAAUUGUUACGUAGUCAGUUGCCACCAACAGUGACAAAUCACCAAAUAUCUGCACCUGGUCUAUAUUCCUCUUAUGUACCGUCAACUUUAGCCACUGCUGCAGCUUUAGCUGCAACUCAACAGCAUCCUUCUGCUCCUGAUCUACACACUAAUACAUCAAAUAUUAUUUUUCAACAACAACAGCAGCAGCAGCAGCAACAACAACAACAACAAGCUCUCCUGUUAUCACUCCUUCUCAGAAGUCAACAAGCUCAAUUGGCUGCAGCACAGCUUGCAGCAGCUGGUUACUUGUCGCAAAAUGAUGCAUCAAGACUGCCUCCAAUUCCUACUCUUCAGAAUCCUGGUUGUGUACUAGACUCAUCAUGUCCAUUAGGAAGUCUAACAUCUGGACCAUAUGGCAUUAAUAAUUUUUGCUCACAAAAUCCAAUGACAAAUGUGGCUUAUAUCAAUGAAAAAGGCCAUCUGCUGGAAACCUUACCGAUAUGUCGUGAUUUUAAAGCUGGUAAAUGCCGUCGUAAUUCAGAGUGUCGUUAUGUUCAUCUUGUUGACGAAAAUGUUGAAGUCAAUCAAGGACGUGUAAUUGUAUGUCGUGAUGCAGCUAAAGGCAGAUGUACACGUGUACCGUGCAAAUAUUAUCAUAUUCCAUUGUUUGCUAUAUCAGCUAAUCGAAGUAUGGCACUUAAUUCUGCUUUAGCCAAUGCAACAGGCUUUUCUACUGUAUGAACUCUCUGCAGGGAGAAGGGAUAUGAUAAUAAUAAUAAUAAUGAGGAAUAUGAGGUGUAUAUCCAUACGAUUUACUUUUAUUCCCUAUCAAAUCUCACAUUACAACAUUUAGGUGUUUUAAAGAUACAUAUACAUAUUGAUUUCUGUUUAGAAAAAGACAACAGUUGAAGUCAUCUGUACACCCGAGUUCUGAUGUCGAAACUCGAUAUAUUCGGAGCAGAUAUUUUCUAC